UUUGGAAGGAAGUGAGGCAUUCUAAGCCAGAUAAAUUUCAGUUGUUGUUAAUGGAUUUUAUGAGUGCAGAACAAUAAUUGUAGAGCACACCAAAUAGUUUUUUGCUUUAUAUUUUAAUUUGGUUGCAAGAAUUGUCAAGUAUAAAAAGGGCAGCAAAUGAAGCACUUUCCUCGCUCACAAAAGUAGAAAACGAUCGGAGUUGUUCUCACAAAAAUACCAGCCUCAAACCAACAAACACCGCUCUCGCUCCUUUUCUUGUUUUUUUACUUGUAUUUCUCUACAUCUUCUUUCUUUCUCUCUGUCUGUGGCCCUUUUCAGCUUCAAAUCCUUUUCUGUUCGCUGCUCUUCCUUUUGUUACUUCAAAAACACGUUAUUUUAGGGCCUGGAAUUCCGCAGCCUGGGAAAAGCUGCUACUUUUAGCCUACCCUCACCCGCCCUAUAUAUAUAUCACUACUUGAUGAUCAUGUUAUCCUCAGCGAGCUAACCAACUACCACAACUGACUAUCUUUAUAUGCACUUGCCUGUAUAGAUAGAUAGAGGAGAGAAUGGUGGUGGAGGGCGGCGUGGUGGCGGUGGUGUUGGUUAGAGAAUAUGAUGCGGAUAAAGACAGGACGGCGGUGGAGGAAGUGGAGAAUAAGUGUGAGGUUGGGCCCAGUGGCGAACUCUCCCUGUACACCGAUCUCUUAGGUGACCCCAUUUGCCGGGUCCGCAAUUCCCCUGCAUAUCUCAUGCUGGUGGCGGAGAUGGUGGUGUUGGGCGGCGGAGGGGACGAAGAGAGGAGAGAAAUAGUUGGGAUGAUUAGGGGUUGCAUCAAAACCGCUACAUGCGGCACAAAGCUCUCAAGAAAUGGCAAAAACUGCACUGUCAAACCGAAAACCCCUCAACUUCAACCCGUACCCCUCCCAAUCUAUACCAAGCUUGCGUAUAUCUUAGGCCUUCGUGUCUCUCCAUCUCACAGGAGAAUGGGAAUUGGAUUGAAGCUUGUGCGUAGAAUGGAGGAAUGGUUUCGAGAAAAUGGAGCUGAAUAUUCUUACAUGGCUACGGAAAAUGACAACCAAGCAUCCGUUAAACUCUUUACUCAAAAAUGUGGUUAUUCCAAGUUCCGUACCCCGUCCAUUCUAGUCCAGCCCGUUUUCGCCCACCGGCUCAGGCUCGAUAAACGUUUCACGAUCAUCAAACUCGGCCACGCGGACGCCGAGACCCUAUACCGCCGCAGGUUUUCCUCCACCGAGUUCUUCCCGCGCGACAUUGACGCGGUGCUGAACAACAAAUUGAACCUGGGCACUUUCCUCGCCGUGAUGAAGGGAUCGUACGACGCGGACACCUGGCCUGGCGCGGACGAGUUUCUGGCGAGUCAGCCCGAGUCGUGGGCCGUGCUCAGUGUGUGGAACUCCAAGGACGUAUUCAGACUCGAGGUCCGUGGCGCUUCGCGCUUGAGGAAAGCGCUUGCUAAGACCACGCGGAUGCUGGACCGGGCGGUUCCAUGGCUACAUCUCCCGUCGGCGCCGGAGGUUUUCAGGCCGUUCGGGUUUCACUUUCUGUAUGGGCUGGGCGGGGAAGGCCCAAACGCUGUGAAGAUGAUCAAGGCCUUAUGCGGGCUUGCCCAUAACCUGGCCAUGGAGCGAGGGUGCGGAGUGGUGGCGACAGAGGUGGCAAGCCGGGAGCCGCUGAGAUUAGGAAUCCCCCAUUGGAAAAGCCUAUCGUGCGCCGAGGAUCUAUGGUGCAUCAAGCGGUUGGGGGAAAACUACAGUGACAGGUCUGUCGGUGACUGGACAAAGUCACCACCUGGUCUGUCCAUUUUUGUCGAUCCCAGAGAGUUCUGAGUCCUAACAUCUAGUGUCUUGUUUUUAGGCUAAAAAAGAAUCUAAUUUAGCAUAAAAAUAAAAAUAGAUGUCCCUUUUUAUUU